UUUCUGCUCCUUCUGCUCCUUCUCUUUCCCCAUAGUUUUAACUGGCAACCGGUAGCUUCUUCAGCAUCCGUACAGCCUGCUACAAAAAUGGGUACUGCAGAAGAUGUUUUUAGAAAAGAUCUGAAGAUCAUUCAUGGCUACCCCAUGGUCUAUGCUUUUGCACUGGGUUGGGAAAAAAUCGAAGAGUUCCAGAGCAGACCAUGUGACAUUGUAAUACCCACUUACCCUAAAUCAGGUACUACUUGGCUUAGUGAAAUUGUGGACAUGGUUCUAAAUGAUGGAAAUGUUGAAAAAUGUAAGCGAGAUGUUAUUACCUCUAAAGUUCCAAUGUUGGAACAAAAUGUUCCUGGAGCAAGAAGAUCAGGUGUUGAACUCUUGAAGAAAACUCCAUCACCUCGAAUUAUAAAGACACAUCUUCCAAUUGAUCUACUCCCAAAAUCCUUCUGGGAUAACAAGUGCAAGAUGAUUUACCUUGCUAGAAAUGGCAAGGAUGUUGCUGUGUCCUAUUAUCAUUUUGAUCUAAUGAAUAAUAUUCAGCCUCUUCCUGGCACCUGGGAAGAAUAUCUGGAGAAAUUCCUCGCUGGAAAUGUGGCCUAUGGCUCAUGGUUCGAUCAUGUUAAGAGUUGGUGGGAAAAGAGGGAAGGGCAUCCCAUACUUUUCUUAUACUAUGAAGACUUGAAAAAGAACCCGAAGAAAGAAAUCAAGAAGAUUGCCAACUUUCUAGACAAGACCUUGGAUGAACAUACCUUGGAAAGGAUCGUCCAUCACACCUCCUUUGAAGUGAUGAAGGAUAACCCCCUGGUCAAUUACACCCAUCUGCCCACAGAAAUAAUGGAUCACAGCAAGUCCCCAUUCAUGAGAAAAGGUGUUGUUGGUGACUGGAAAAAUUACUUCACAAUGACCCAAAGUGAGAAAUUUGAUGCCAUAUAUAAGAAGAAAUUGUCUGGAACAACACUUGAGUUCUGCACAGAUAUUCAGAGUGCCUAAACUUCAACUUGAAUAUAUGAUUUCUUGAAAUAGUAGUUUGACAGGGAAAUCAGAUGGAUUUGUGAGGGAGAAAUAAAUGUGCUUUUAAAACACUGAUUAAAUAUGCCCUGCACAUCCCUCAGCAGGAAUUAUUAAUAAUUCCGAAUUAUCUAGGGACAAGGUCUUUUGUGAUCUUAGUUUUCAAAGGGUAUGUCUUCAGAUUCCAAAGUGACUACUGAAUUAAAUAAAUAAGUUUUGUGAGUUUUGAAAAAA